AAGUUUCCAAGUGGUCAGUCUGACCGACGGUUUUGCAGUCGGCAAGGGGAAGAAAGGUGCAGGCUCGAGGGUGCAUGGGGACCGAGAUCUAAGUCCCUUUCUUCCAGGGUGUGGGUGUGGAAGGAGGGUGGGGGUCUUGAGGAGCAGGAGGGGCGGGGAAGGGAAAGGACAGGGCUUCUCGAUCCGUUUCCACCUCCUGCCUUCACACCCAGGGCGCUUUCCUGGAGGAAAGGACGCCGGAUUCAGGGCGCGCGGGUGCGCGCCGUAGCGGCCCUCGAGGCGGCAGGCGCAUGUUUCCCUUCCUGAGCUUCAACAUAAACGGACUCAAUCCCACCGCCCACUACAACGUGUUCGUCGAGGUGGUGCUGGCGGACCCCAACCACUGGCGCUUCCAAGGGGGCAAAUGGGUCACCUGCGGCAAAGCCGACAACAACAUGCAGGGCAACAAAAUGUAUGUUCACCCAGAGUCUCCUAAUACCGGUUCCCACUGGAUGAGACAGGAGAUUUCCUUUGGGAAAUUAAAACUCACCAAUAACAAAGGCGCAAAUAACAACAACACUCAGAUGAUAGUCUUACAGUCUUUACACAAAUACCAGCCACGACUGCACAUUGUUGAAGUUACAGAGGAUGGCGUGGAGGACUUGAACGAGCCCUCGAAGACUCAGACUUUUACCUUCUCAGAGACACAGUUCAUUGCAGUGACUGCCUACCAAAACACUGAUAUUACUCAACUAAAGAUUGAUCAUAACCCCUUUGCAAAAGGCUUCAGGGACAACUAUGAUUCCAUGUACACCGCUUCAGAAAAUGACAGGUUAACUCCAUCUCCCACGGAUUCUCCUAGAUGCCAUCAGAUUGUCCCUGGAGGUCGGUACGGCGUUCAGUCCUUCUUCUCGGAGCCCUUUGUGAACACUUUACCUCAAGCCCGAUAUUAUAAUGGCGAGAGAACCGUGCCACAGACCAACGGCCUCCUUUCACCCCAACAGAGCGAAGAGGUGGCCAACCCUCCCCAGCGGUGGCUUGUCACGCCUGUCCAGCAACCUGGGACCAACAAACUAGACCUCGGUUCCUAUGAAUCUGAAUAUACUUCCAGCACCUUGCUCCCAUAUGGUAUUAAAUCCUUGCCCCUCCAGACGUCCCAUGCCCUGGGGUACUACCCCGACCCAACCUUCCCUCCAAUGGCAGGGUGGGGAGGUCGAGGCUCUUACCAGAGGAAGAUGGCAGCUGGACUUCCAUGGACCUCCAGAACGAGCCCCCCUGUGUUCUCUGAAGAUCAGCUCUCCAAGGAGAAGGUCAAAGAGGAAAUCGGCUCUUCUUGGAUAGAGACGCCGCCUUCCAUCAAGUCUCUAGAUUCCAAUGAUUCCGGUGUGUACACCAGUGCUUGCAAGAGAAGGCGUCUGUCUCCCAGCACCUCCAGUAAUGAAAAUUCUCCCUCCAUAAAGUGUGAGGACAUGAAUGCAGAAGAGUACAGUAAAGACACCUCAAAAGGCAUGGGAGGGUAUUAUGCUUUCUACACAACUCCCUAAAGAGUUCUUUUAACCUCAUCAAAAUUAGCUAACUUUUCGCAGAUGGACUUGGUGUUUUUUGUUGUUUUCUUUGCCUAGGUUGCCAAAAAGAUGUUUGCCUUCCACCUUGAUGCAUCCUGUUUUGUGCAAUUCUCUAAAAGAAGGUGCCAAAGCUUUUUGAUUGCUGCAGGUAACUGAAACAACCCUAGCAUUUUUUUUUUUUAAAUAAAUGAAUGGAGGACUUUAAAGUGUUUUAAAAUUUAAGGUUAUUCAAGGUUCUGGAUUUAUUUAUUGGAGACACUAAACAUUCAGAGAAGCAGACUGUGAGCAUUGUGCUAUCAAAUAAGUUACAAAACUUUGGAUUCUCAUUUCUAUUUGUAAAUCCUUAAGCAAAUAGAAGCCGGGUGUUAAGGUGAUUUGCUUCUGGAAGAGGGCUGGGCCUUAAGCUUCCACGGGGGACGGAUUUUUGCUGUUACAUUUUUGCCAGGGGCAAAAAAAAAAAAAAAAAAAAUGUUAGGCCUAAGAGUCAAGAACAACUUUUGCUGAAAGUGAUGGUUUUACCUGAUUCUGAUUCCUCACCCCAGGCUUUUGUAACAAGCCACUUUUGCCCUAGUCCAGGAUUGCCUGAGACUUGGUAGGCCUCUGCUGUGUGCUUGGGAUGGCCGGUAGGACUCAGGAGGGGGCAAAGGAGGGAGUCGCCAAAAAAAAAAAAAAAGAGAGAGCAUUUAAAAUGUACAGUUGUGUGUGUUUAGAUACACUGUAGCGUAACGUGGAAUAUAUUGUACAAAUAGUCUACAUAGGUGUCUGAGAUAAUGGACAAUCGGUGCUUUGGCUUUGUAAAGAAUCUGCAAAUCACCUAACAACAGCUGCAGGGUCAAGGGGACAGUCAUCAUCCCCGUGAUAUCUGGGGCUAUUCUGUUUACUUCUUAGGUAGUUAAGAAUGUAUUCAGCUACUCUGUACUAACUUGAACCGUGUUUAAGGAAAACUCUUAUUUCCUAGUUCAUUCUCCUUCGCCGUCCCCUCUCCCCAACCUGGUAAUGUGAAGGAACUAAAAUCUGAUGCCACAGCUCCUUAUAGGCUUUUUAGAGAUCUUGGAUUUUUAUGUACAGUCUUAGUCAUUUUUAAUAAAUGUGGUUCAAUAAGGGAACGG